AAAGUGGGCUGUUCAAGAUUUUGGUGUGCAUAAUUCUCUGCCCCCCAAUCCCUCUUUACUUUGCUUCCUUCGCUGGCGGACGGAGCUCAAAUCGUUCUUUAGCUUUUUCAAUUCAACGUGGGGAAUCCUCGUACCUGACAACUCACUGUCUAAUUUCAUUCAAAUUUGCUGGAAAAAUAUUUAUUAGAAGUUGCACCUGUCGAGUCUGCUUCAAAAUACAAAGGUACACAGAAAUGAUCUUUUGAGUGCGUCGUUUAAAUGAGAUUGGAGAUGCUCCUGUCUUUGCUGCUGUGUGCCAUCUGUCUGCUCAUCCUACCGUCCUCCUCUACCCCCAGCCAAGCCUCAGAUGACUCCAGACUCCUACAGGUGACCAUCCCUACGACCCCUCCCUUAUCUGCUGUCUUGGGGGGCUCUCUUACCCUACCUUGCCUGGUGUCUCUGUCCCACCCGCCCCCCAACAUGAAUGGCCGCCACGCCGUCCUCUCCCUACCCAGGGUCAAGUGGAGCAUGCUGUCCCAGGGGCACGAGACUGAGAUCCUUGUGGCCCGAGGGGACAGGGUGAAGGUCAGCGAGGCCUACAAGGACAGAGCCUCCCUGCUCCAUUACGCUUCCUCCCCGGCCGACCUCACCCUGAGGCUGGAUGGCCUGCAGUACAACGACUCUGGCUUCUACCGCUGUGAGGUGCAGCAGGGCCUGGAGGAUGCCGACGGUGUGGCUCAGGUCAAGGUCAAAGGGGUGGUGUUCCACUACCGGGAUGCUUCCAGUCGCUAUGCCUUUACCUUUGCGCAGGCCCGGGACGCCUGUGAAGAGAUCGGGGCUCACAUCGCCACCCCAGAGCAGCUCUUGGCAGCCUACCACAGUGGCUAUGAGCGGUGUGAUGCGGGCUGGCUCUCAGACCACUCAGUGAGAUAUCCCAUCCAGAUGCCACGAGAGGGAUGUUUUGGAGACAUGGACGGGCAUCCUGGAGUGAGGAACUAUGGGCUGCUGGAACCUGAUGAGCUGUACGAUGUAUACUGUUAUGUGGAGAACAUAGAGGGGGAAGUGUUCCAUGGCUCUUCCCCCCGAAGUUUCACCCUGUGGGAAGCUAAGGCCUAUUGUCUGGCUCAGGGAGCAGAGCUGGCUACCACAGGUCAGCUGUAUGCAGCCUGGAAUGACGGACUGAAUGCCUGCAGCCCGGGGUGGUUGGCUGAUGGGAGUGUACGCUACCCCAUUGUCACUCCCAGGGAGCGUUGUGGUGGAGGGGAGCCUGGGGUCAGGACUGUCUAUCGCCAUUUGAACCAGACAGGCUUUCCAGAGGCACACACUCGCCAUGACACUUACUGCUUCCGAGGCAACAGCAACACUCACACCGAAUCUCCCCAUGAUUACCUGGCAACAGAGCCAGAGGACAUCGGCCAGGACAUUGUGACGCUGUCUGAACCUCUGGAGGAAUUCAGCCUGGGUCAGGUGACGGAGCAGGUGAUGAGCGAAGAAGUUCAGGGCUACCUGACUGCACUCCCUAUUCCAGCGGAGCAGCACCCAUCAGAGCAUAUAGAGGAGCAGGGGGCUGUCCCUGGGGAGCAGUACCCAGAGCAGGGGGCUGUCCCUGGAGAGCAGUACCCAGAGCAGGGGGCUGUCCCUGGGGAGCAUGGAGAAGAACAGGGGGUUGUUCCUGGAGAACACGGAGAGGAGCAGGGGGGUGUUACUGAGGAGGUGUACAUCAAGGAGGACGGAGGGGAGCAGGAGGCUGUGCCUGGGCAGCACAGAGAGGAACAGGGGGUUCAUCAUGGGGAGCAGUACCCAGACCAGCCUGGAGAGGAGCAGGGGGCUGUCGAUGGCCCGGGCCCUACUGUAGUCUAUCACGAGGAGCUACCCUUUCCGGUUGAACCCCAAGACUCAUUCACCCCCACAUCCUUCCCCCAAGACCUAGAGCCCACAGAGGACACCCGGCAGCUGGUGAAAGAGGUCAGCAACCCAGAAUCAUAUCAGCCUGCCCCUGAGGAGGUAAACUUAGAUUCAAACUACCCAGUCACACCCUAUGAUGAGCUGAAUGCAAACCCAACACUGUAUCCACCUUCUCCCGAGACAAAUUAUGAAUCAGAUGAUCUUACAACUGCUCAUGAAGACAACAUUGGUAUCCCCGAUCCCUACCAGCCCUCGUUAGAGUCAAACAUGGAAUCAGGAGAGCCCUCUAUAGAGAGUGUACCAGGGACUGCUCUGGAGGCCCCCGUGCCCACCACAGCAUAUGAGGAGGUGGACAGGUCCAGUGAUCCACAUCCCAUGCCUGGCACAACCCCUGAGAGUAGUGAGUCUCAGUAUGGUAUUUCAGAGGAAAGCCAUCUGCAAACAGGGAUCACCCAGGAGACCGAACACUACACUUUUACCUCUGAGACCACAGGCUCUAAUGUAUCAGGAGUUGAAGCCACUACUAGUUCUGACAGCUCUCCAGAGGAGCAACUGGAAAGCGGGCUGCCCAUACCUCCUGAGGAAGACCACUCCGGAGAUGAGCAUGCCAUCCAGGUGGAGCAUGUCACGGACCCGGUCUACCCAAGCACCUCUUAUGACCUCUCAGGAGGGUCCAUCAGGCCUGAGGGAGCCAUCACUGGGGGUGUCGAGGAUACAUCUGUAUCUUCCACUUCACCUCAUGAGGAAACGGAGCUCUUCCCUGACCAGUCCACCACUCAGCCUCCAUACUGGGAGAACACACCUGAAUACCACCGAACCAACUCUGUGGACCACAGUGCCAGUGUCCUUCUCCCUGAGGAGCAUACCACAUCACUGGACUCAUUGGUCCUCCAGACAGGGGAGAACAGUGGCUCUGCUACUGCUGAGUCAGGAGACCUGGCUACCCUAAGCCCAGUGGAGAUGGACCCCUAUGAACUGAUCCCUACCUCUGAAUAUGCUUAUGACCCCACUCAGGAGCAGUCUGGUGUCACGUCACCCGACUCCUCUACCCUAGAUGACCAUGUGGAGCAGGAGGCAGGAGGCACAGUGGACUCAUUACCAGAAGUUUCCAAUGGUUCCACUGACCAGGAUGAGCACACUGACCUGAGUUCAGUUCCAACUGACGAAGUCCUUACAGUUAUUUAUGACACUGACUCUAGUGAAGCCUCUGGGGUCCACAAGGGAAUGCUUGACAUUACCCUUUUGACAUCCCCCAUACCUAUAACCUAUUCCCCCCCGACCCAGCGUUCCGUGGAAGCAGGGGCCAGCUCCCCAGGUGACUUCAUAACCGUCAUCCCAGAAUCCAGCGUUCCAUCUGGGUUUGAACCCCUGGAGGAAGGGCUGGAGAAGGUGGAGCAAGAGGGGUUGGGUGAAGUCCCAGAAGUAGUCGAAACUACUACCCCAGAGACAGCUUCUGGUGAGGAGGUGAGUGGAGAAGAGGAGAGUGGUCAGGAGGUGAGUGGAGAAGAGGAGAGUGGUCAGGAGGCGAGUGGAGGCAAGGAGAGUGGUCAGGAGGCGAGUGGAGGCAAGGAGAGUGGUCAGGAGGCGAGUGGAGGCAAGGAGAGUGGUCAGGAGGCGAGUGGAGGCAAGGAGAAUGGUCAGGAGGCGAGUGGAGGCAAGGAGAGUGGUCAGGAGGCGAGUGGAGAUGAGGAGAGUGGUCAGGAGGCGAGUGGAGGCAAGGAGAGUGAUCUGAAGGUGAGUGGAGAUGAGGACAGUGACCAGGAGGUGAGUGGCCAAGAGGAGGUGGAGUCCGGCCUAGGAUCAGGAUCAGACGAGGAGCACUCUGAAUCUGCUGAAUCUGGAGAAAGCUCAGGGAUCCUUGAACCAGAAGUCCCAUACAUGAAUGAAACUGUCAUUCCCAUCAAUGGCACAACUGUAAACAGCACAGAUGAAAGCGAGCCUGAGUCGAGCACAGAUGCGCCUUCUACUGAUAUGGAAAUCACGCUGCUCUCUGACUUGUCCCAGACCCCCCUGCCCUCCCCCACCAUACCCCAAGAGUCCCGGGCUGAUGUGAAACUGGAGUACAGUGGGGAGACCUCACUCACUGAGGACCCUGACUCCUUUACUCCACUCACUAAUGAGCCUGAGGAGACCCCCAGCCCGACGCCCACCACAGAGGACUACGAUGACCAGACUACGACGGCAGCACCCCUAUAUCCAAAGGACGUUGAUGAGGAGAAACUGAUUACCAUUCCUACUACUCCAAGAUUUGGGAACAUUUCAGAUUCCUGCCAUGAGAAUCCUUGUUAUAACGGGGGAACAUGUGUUGACAGUGGGUCUUCAACCAAGUGCCUUUGCUUGCACACCUAUGGAGGAGACAUGUGCCAGACAGACUUGGAGGUGUGUGAGCCGGGUUGGGAAAAGUUCAUGGGCUUCUGUUACCGACAUUUCACCAAGCGCCAGGGCUGGGAGGUGGCAGAGCAGCACUGUCGUAUGUGUGGCGGUCAUCUGAUCUCGGUCAUGACCCCUGAGGAACAGGACUACAUUAAUGAUAAGUACAGAGAGUACCAGUGGACGGGACUGAAUGACAGGACCAUAGAGGGAGACUUCCGCUGGUCUGACGGGAAUCCUCUGUUGUAUGAGAACUGGUACCGGGGCCAGCCGGACAGUUACUUCCUGUCUGGAGAGGACUGUGUGGUGAUGGUAUGGCAUGACGGGGGGCGCUGGAGCGAUGUGCCCUGUAAUUACCACCUCUCCUACACCUGCAAGAAGGGCACCUCUUUCUGUGGCCAACCCCCCAUCAUUGCCAAUGCCAAGGUGUUUGGUAAGUCGCGUCUGCGCUACGAGACCAACUCCAAGGUGCGCUACUACUGUGAAGAAGGAUUCCUCCAGACACAGAACCCCGUAAUUAAGUGCCUAUCCAACGGCCAAUGGGAGGAGGCUCUGAUCACCUGUCACCCUGCCCUGACUAACUUGGCAGAGGGAGAGCAGAAGGUCACGACGCCACCCUAUCAGAACGAGGGGGUGGAGGUGGUGGACACAGCCACGGAGAAAGCCACUUCAGAGUUCUGGGACAUCAAGUGGAACUAAUAAGCUCAUCAAACUCAAUAUGCCCCUUCCCUCUGCCCCCUUCCCUGGAAUCCUAUGUUCCACUCAAAGACUGUCCAACCUUGUCCCUCCAACAAGGUGGAGCCUUGUAAAAUAAAUGUUCUCCCUGAGAACGAGUCAUCACAUUCCUGUCACCAGCUCUUUCCAGAAUAAACCCAUUUAGAACAUCAACAGACUUGAUCGAUCACACUUACAAUAAGAGUACAUCCCAACAUAAGGCCACUACUAGAGGAAAUUGAUCACAUUUGCACAGUACAGUGUGUCAUUGGAAUGAGCUUUAACGAAGAUGUCCCAUCCAUCAUUGGGCUUGUUUGUUGCAUGUGAUUGUUGACUAGUGAAAUACUUCAAUGUCCACCUGUGUUACAACACUGUUGCAUUACUGUAUUUGACUGCCAGUAACAUGUAUUAUGACAUGUUUAUGAUGGUAUACAGUAUGAUUUUGAUGGAGAGUUUUUGUAAAGUGCAACCUAAAUCUCAACCUCAGCUGGUCUGACAUUAACUGAAGCCACUUUCCCACUCUCUGCCACAAAGACAGAAUUAAGAUUUCCACUUUUGUAUGCUUUUGUAUAAGAAGAUCUCCUUAUCAAUCCACAUCUUCUCAAUUCCCACAACCCAAAGCAUUUUCUCAACAUGUCCUCUUAUGUGCUUCUUUGUUUUUCAGGUGUCUUAAACUUUAGACCCAAUAUUAGAAGCCGAUAUCCACUUUAAAAGUACUUGGUUUGAGAAUAGCCAGAAUCCAAAGUUUGUUAUUUUAAAACGUAAUCCCUAAAAUACUAGGAAGAACAUGUGAAAAUGUCCACAAUGGUAUUUCAAUUUUCAUGCAUCAAUUACAUCAUUGUCUUAGUUCCAGUGGAAGUACUACUUUACGUUGGUAGUGUUUAACUGUAAUCAAAUAAUUCUAAUUGCUAAUCCCAUUUGUGACUGCACAAUUACACAAUGAACUUGUUAUGAAAGAAAAAAAGGUCAUUGUAAAACGAAUCACAACUUAAUUUUGUUAAUGUAGUCUGAGUUAUUGGAUAAUAGAAAAUAAAUUACUAAUAAAACGAUUACAAUGUAUUUAUCCA